AUGUCAGCAGCUAUCAGACAACAAGCCCAGAACUGUGGCAGCUGCAAAGAGCAUAAGCCGCGCAACGCAAGACUUCCCAUGAUGAGUCACGAGAUUCCUACCCUGCCUUGGGAAACUCUGGGAGCUGAUCUUUUCUACCACGCUGGAAGUGAGUACAUUGUCGUCGUUGAUUAUUACUCGUUCUACUUCGAGAUACAGCAACUAAAGACAACGACGGCGAAAGAAAUUAUCUCGUUUUUGACAGAAACCUUCAGCACGCACGGCAUUCCUAGCAAGCUUAUCACCGAUAAUGGGCCACCUUUCAGCAGCAACACGUUCAGGGAGGGGAUGAAGACGCUUCAAGUGACUCAUGUAACGUCGAACCCGCAUUAUCCCCGUGCCAACGGAAUGGCUGAACGUGCCGUUGGGGAAGCAAAGAAGCUACUUAGAAACUACGCUUAUAACAGUGUUGAGUUCAGAUGCGCACUCCUAGAAUGGAGAAACACGCACAGGGACAGAAUCCUUAAGUCUCCAGUGCAGAGACUGAUGGGACGCCGGACAAGAAGCCUGCUGCCAGUUCACUCGGAACAUCUAAAGCCCAACAUUGUGCCACCACAAGAGGUUGUCAGUCGCUGCGCGACAUCCGGCGUCGCCAACGAUGUUUCUACAACCAUGGCACCAGGCAGCUACCAGACCUUCAUCCGGGAGUACCGGGAGUACCGUCGUACUCGAGAACAUCUUCGUGCAGUUCAUGAGCAACCGCAGACAAGCAGAAGCGAACAAAGGCAAGAGCCGCAGCCCGUUCUAGCAGCACCCAGGAGAAGCUCCCGGAAGCGCCGUAGCCCGCAACGAUACCCAAGACCUGAGAACCGAAUUUAA